AUGCGCCAAGUCAAGGGUGUUAGCGUGCCGUUCUCCAUCAUGGGCAGUUUGCCGUUGGUGCGGGACCUUCAACGUGCGGGGCUGGACUUGACCUUGACCGGGUUUGGCAAGAGCGCAGUGUACCACGGCGACAACGAGUACUGUUUGCUCAGGGACAUGGCCGACGCCCUUCGAGUUGUCGGUAGGUUUAUCCACAACGUCGACGUCGCGUAA